CCUUUGUGGAAGAAUUAGUACUAUAAGAUACCCUCAAAGACUGUUAAGAAAAGGCCAAACAAAGAAAAGACUUCCAAUUAAGCAAAUGGAGAAAAAUUUAGAUAAUUCCCUCUCAGGAGCUAGUGCAGUUAAAGAAAUCCAUAAUCAUGAAGAAGACGAUAUCAGAAAAGCUUUAAAGGAUGAUGAAUUUAAGUCAGCCUUGGCAGAAGUGAAUGAGGUCAAACUAGAGAACGCAAGAUUAAAAAUGUUGCUUCAACAAAUAGAGAAUGAUUACAAUUCUCUCCAAACUCGAUUCUUCAAUAUUUGUCAACCAGAUUUGAAAAAGAGUGUCAACCCAACAUGCACUUCUGAAAAAAUUGCAGAUGAAGAAGAAUGUGAACUUGUCUCGCUUCGACUCGGGCGAAGUCCGAGUCCAAGCGAGUCCAAAAAAGUUGAUAAGAAAAGAACCAGAGAGGACUAUCAUUGUGUUCAGUCCAAUGAUGGGCUUAAACUUGGGCUGGACUACAGCAGUGGGGUAUCUGAAUCAGAUCUUCUAAAACCCAACAACGAUCCAAGCCCAGGCCCAACUAGUGAAGUUGUCAAGACAAUGAGAAAAGGUGAUGAUGAAAGUGUCAAAAAGAGAGCUGGUGAUGAUGAAGUUUCUCAGCCUAAUGUCAAGAGAGCUAGAGUUUCAGUUCGGACAAAAUGCGACUACCCAACAAUAAAUGAUGGUUGUCAGUGGAGGAAAUAUGGGCAGAAGAUAUCAAGAGGUAAUCCGUGCCCACGAUCAUAUUAUCGUUGCUCAGUCGCGCCAUUAUGCCCUGUGAGAAAACAAGUCCAACGAUGUCUCGAAGACAUGUCUAUAUUGAUCACAACUUAUGAAGGAACACAUAAUCACUCACUUCCCAUUGAGGCCACAGCUAUGGCCUCAACUACUGCUGCUGCAGCUUCCAUGCUUCUUUCUGGCUCAUCGACAAGUUCUCAAUCACCUAAAAAUUUCACAAAUUUGGCCAAUUAUUCGAAAACAACACCUCUCUAUUUAUCCAAUUCUUCUUCAAAUCCUUUUCCCACCAUCACUUUAGACUUCACCGCGUUUCCAACUACUUCAUCAUUUACUAGUUUCAACUUCCCUUCCAAUUUCCAACCCGGCUCGGGACUUCUUUCUAACAGCUUAAGCUUUUCCUCGCCUGAGUCGUCCACAAUACCCAAAAUCUUGGGUAGUGGAUGCCUAAAUUAUGAUUCUACAAGUACAUUGCCAUAUCACAAGAACCUCAUAAACAUUGGAUCAUCCCAAAAACAAUUUGACCAACCAUUUAUUGGAAAGAACAACACUAGUACUAGUGAUAAAUUGAAGGAGGAUUCUUCUCAGCAAGCACUAACUGAAACAUUGACAAAGGCAAUUACAUCAGAUCCUAGCUUUCAAUCAGUGCUAGCUGCUGCUAUUUCAUCAAUGGUUGGUGCUACCAAAACUUGAAUUGGAAAUUGGAUGAGCAAAUUCUGUUUAGUGAAUUAGAGAUAUUUUAAGUAGACAUUUUUUUUGUUUUGGUCAUUUGAUAUAUAGCUUGAUAUAUAUACAUGGGUGGAGCCAGUGUGUUGGUUAUGGUUUCGAUCGAACUGAGUAACUUUGAUCCAAACUUUGCAUUCGUGUUGGAUGUAUAUGUACAAUUUAUUAAUUUAGACCUCCGAAACUUAAAAAAACUAAAAUCACGAAGUCAUUAAUUUCAAAUUUUGGCUGCA